AUGGACAACUACAAGCUUUCACUGUUAUAUCACACAGAAAAGGAGGUAUGCUUCAUCAAACUGAUUGUUUCAAGUUCAGAAGACAUUGCUAACAGUCCUCAGGGUGUUUCGGUCGAUCCAAUCAAUAUAUGGACAGGACUGUCACAUCCUGGUUCAGCACGUCAACCACUUCAUACUAUCACUCAACGUCUUCUCUCGAUUUGCCCAAAUUCUGCCUCUUGCGAACGCCUAUUUAGCAUGUUUGGCACAAUUCUCACGAAAUGGCACAAUCAGCUCUCAACUGAGAUGCUCACCCUUCUGGCAGAACUCAAGAUGUAUGUUCAUGAGGAGCAUGUACGCAAUGACGUGGUCAAGAAGCGGCUUCAGUGCCGGUACUGUGACACUGAGGACACUGACAAAGCAGAGCCUACUCAAGUAGUUCAUGCAGUUGGUGAUGAUCUAUCAGGAGAAAGCAGCGAACAGGAGCCACGCAGCCUUGCUUUCGAGAGGCGAGGGAUAAGUGAUGUUGCUGCAGACCUUAUCCGAGCUGUUCAGGAGGAGGAGGAGAUUUCCGCCACAGAAUCAAUGCACUCAGUCCCCGUCGGUGCUGUCGGUGGUUCAUUCUCCCACAUUGCUAUCAAUGACUUACUUGACUAUUCUCGUGCGGAGGAAUGGCUGGGAUCUUUUUAUAAAGUCACCAUUCGAGGUUUAGACGCUGAGCUUGAGUUGUACGAGCUUCUUGACUUAGAUGCAGAGGGAAUCGACGAUCCAGACUUUCCUCAAGCUGACGAUGUUCUUGCCGAGUAG